CCCUUUUGUCAGGCAGAUCUGGAAACGCUGUUCGUGUCAACAAAUGAGUGUCCAUCGCGGAUCCACGUGCGUUUGCUACUAACAAAUUUGAGACUGUAUAAAUGUAUAUUGUGCGGAAAUGAGUGACUUAAUCGAGGCUGUUUUCACGAGUGAUGCGAAUGGUAGUCAGUGGACAUGCUGUGCCUGGGAUCCACGAACCGGCACCAAUGUCAUGAUGUACAAAGGUGGAGGUGCUGCCGCAGAGAAUUCUCUAGUUCUCGUACGCCACGAAUAUUUAAUCACAGCAAACAACACUAAACCAAUGCUACACAUUUGGCCUUUGAAUAGCCAAGAUCAAGUGUCCGGAACCCGUUUCAUUACACCUGGGAAAGUGUUAAGUUUGGAUGUUUCGCCUGAUGGGAACUAUUUAGUUGCAGGCAUUCAGGAAGUCGUCCACAUCUGGCAUUUGUGCUCAGGAAAAAUGAUAACAGCUCUAUCAAAACAUUAUCAAGCUGUGACGAAGAUUAAGUUCACAGACGACGGAUCUCACUUCCUCUCUGCAGGACAAGACGGAAACAUCGUAGUGUGGAAUCUAACCAAAGCGAUAAGCACAAAUCAGAAGGAAGCACAACCCUUGUACACGCUCAGCGGCCAUGGACUGAGUGUGACCGACUUCCACGUCGGGGCUGGAGGUGUACGAGCUCUUUUAUAUACGGUUUCACUGGACAGGACCUGCAGAGUGUAUGAUCUCUCGACUGGAAAUCUACUCUUGGAUAUAGUGUUCCCUGAGGCGAUGCAACGUAUUGUGGUAAAUAAAUCGGAAACAGUUGCUUACUUGGGAUCAGUGUCAGGACGCAUUUACGAAGUCAACCUUUGUUCACCACCGAGGAGCAGGGAAUAUCAUAUAGGAAUAGAAGAGUCGAAAAAUUCGUUCACUGGUCAUAACGGCAGCGUGACUUGCCUAGCGCUUUCUGUGGACGGCGAACUCUUGAUAUCGGGUGGAGUAGAUGAGAAUGUCAACAUUUGGCAUACACCUAGUCGGCAACUGAUUCGGACCUUGCCUCAUAAAGGCAAGAUCAGCAAUGUAGCUUUCACAUGUGUCACUCGCAGACUCAAGGAACCUCUGGAAGCAAAGCACAAACCUAGCUUUGUGGUGACUGGCAACCUGAAGCGAAUGGUGGAUGUUGAAGACGACAACUAUGUUGUUGAGACCAUCGUUAACGAAGCAAUAGAAGUAACCUCAGCAAGACCAAAACGACCAGCAGUUGUUACGUCUACCGGUACGGCCACAACCGACAGUUCGAAUGAAAUCGAGAAACUCAGGGCCCAAAUCAACGAGCUGCAGAAAGUCAACAAGGAAUUGUUUAAUUUUUGUGCAAAGCAAUCUCUAUUGAGGGAAUAAAAAAUAUUUGAUAAAAGAGAUUAAAUGAGUUUAUU